UUGAAGCUUUUGGAAGCAAGGGGUGUUCCCCAUGUCGCUAGAGGGUAUAUGGCGCUACGUUGCGUCGUAGGGGGCAAAGAAUAUGGACUAGCAUUCAUUGAACCUGUGUUCGUUGUGAAUUUAUCUAACUUGGGGGAAGACUUUUGGAGGUAUGGGAAACCUAUUAGGAUUACGGGAUAUGAAAGAGAGUGCUUCGGCUUCGGCAACGCUGCCCAGGAUAUCUUCUCUGCAAUAGGUCUUGGUAUGGAAGGGAUUAACAGUGCUUCCAUAACCCACGGAAACCUGUGUAAUAAUGGUGUGAUGCUCGGUAAAUAUGGCAAAAUCCGGCUCUGUAAUUUCUCCCACGAAACAACUAAGGAAACAAAAAGUAGCUGCCCUAAUCUGAGACAGAAGAUAAAAGCCCUAAUCCGAGACCUCUUAGACUUCAAAGAGCUCAUAGGAAACUCAGUACUAAGUCAUCCCAAAUUAUACCCGGGAGCUUAUGAAGCACUGCGUGCACGCGACCCGAAAGCUUCUGGACCACCGGAUGACUUGAAGAUCUUUAACUUCUUUUAUGAGCAAAAAUUAGUGUUUUCAAGUGAGCAGAAUUCGGCUAAGAGCCGUGAAGAAGCACUGUUUGCAUUUGAAUGCUUCUGUGAGAAGCUUGGGAAGUUGUUUGAACCGUAUGUAACUCAAAAGUUACCAUUCCUCUUGGUUUCAUUCUGAUCAAGUGGUUGCGGUGCAUGCUGCUGCUGAAUGUGCUGCUUGGGUAAUGAUGUCUCAGCUUAGUGGUCAAGGAGUGAAACUAAUUCUUCCAUCACUUUUGAAGGUUCUUAAUUUAGCUUUCCCCCUUUACCCCUUAGCUCAGUGCAGUUGACUCUAUCCGAUAUUGGUUGAGUGAUGUGGUUAGCUGGAUGAUGGAUUAAUCUUGCACAAUGUUGUUUAUUCACACUCAGAGAGUACUCUUACGAAGACAUGCUCGAAAUUCUUUUCCAGUAUACAUUUAUUCCGACAGGCUCAUGUCGUUUAAGGGGAAAUUAUAGGUCUUGAGAAUGCUUUUCUGAUGAUGAGACAUUGUUGCACAGGGGACCACAUUGGUCAACCUUUAGGACUGUUUGGCUGCGUAGAAAUGGAGAAACUGUAAACUUAAUGCCCACUUGCUCUUUGACUUUUGAAGAACAAGUGUAACAUUUCAUGAAUGCGUAUAUUGUGGGUUAGAUUAACUUUUGGCAUCUGUGAAUUUCAUCUGAAAUGGAUCCUCAGUUCCUUUGUUGAAAAACCUUAAUGGGUCUAAGAUUACCAGAAAAACUUUGAUAUUCUGCUGUAGUUGAUGAGUCCGCUAUUAAAUAUCUUCCCAUGUGUUUCAGAUUCGCUAAACUCAUUUAUUAGUUAUCCUUCAUUACAUGAUACCUAUGUUUACAUUACUUUUCUGAAUCAAGGCCUUGAUGAUAAAGCUCGAAGGUGCUAUGGCCUACUGUGCUCCACAGCAAUUGCCACAAUGUCUCCCUAUGAUUGUGCCCAAGUUAACUGGGGAUUGUCCUUUUGCAUCCAAACUUAGUAUUUACUGUCUCUGACUACAGUGCCGUACUAGUCUCAGUUUCAUACCGCUUUGGUAAUACUGUACAGGUGCUUACUGACACCCAUCCCAAGGUUCAAUCAGCUGGACAGACAGCCCUUCAGCAGGUUGGGAGUGUUAUAAAGAACUCUGUAUUAC